AUGUCGCGCACUUCAGCAGGGUUUGCAGACUUCUUUCCCACCGCUCCGUCAGUUCUACAGCAGAAACGCAAAGUCACCAAGGACAAGACCCACAACAAGGUUCAUUCAAAUGAAGAUACCGACCACGAAAGACUCGCUUGUUCGACAGAGGCUCAGAAUGUCUCUGAUUCGGGUCUGAGCACGGCAAGCGCAGGACGCCUGGAUACGCUUACGCCGCUUACAAAUGCAGAGCCCUCACCCACCCAGAAGGCCAGCACUAGUCGAGUCAGAGAAACGACAACAGCUGGUGUUCUUUCUAGAAAUCCUAGGACCGUUGAACAAAAGCCAGCCAUCGCCUUGCUACAAACUCCGCCGACACCGGAGUCACAGGGGCGCCCGACCGGAACCUUGAGAGGCUGGAAAAUAGCCUUAGACCCCGAGAACGAAAAGCGGACAUCAAAAGACAAACGCAAAAAAGCGCGCUAUGUGGAGAUUAUGUCCCAUGGACAGGAUGAUAGACCGCCGGAUCCUCGAUUGGUUAUAGUAAAUUAUGCACGUGGUGCCGGCUGCAAGCAGAAAACAAAAUUCCGUCCAGCCCCAUACACUUUGCGACAAUGGGUGUACGAUGCUUCUACAACAAUCGGGCCUGGGCCCCCGGUCCAGAUAGUGGUCACUGGGUUUGACCCUUUGACCCCAAUCGCCCCAAUUAAUGCUCUAUUCUCCAGCUUCGGAGACAUCGCAGAGAUUAAUAACCGUACUGAUCCAAUCACCGGCAGGUUUCUCGGGAUUUGCUCCGUCAAGUAUAAAGAUAGUGUCUCAUUCCGCGGAGGCGGCCCACUACUCGCAAUGAAUGCCGCAAGACGAGCGUACUGCGAGUGCAAGAAGGAACAGCGUAUCGGAACCCGGAGAAUUCGAGUCGAAUUGGACCGGGACGGGGUUGUCUCGGAGAAGAUAGUGUCAAGAGCGAUUGACUCCCAGAGGAUGGGAUACAAGAACUGUCUUUCUGUUGCAGAAGAUACAAAGGCUGGCCCCUCCGUCAAUCACAAUGAGCCCCCACCGACAGCGCCAAAAGGCCCAUCGGGAAGGUCCUUGACACGGGUGAUGGCCGUGAUCCCUGAAGGACCAAGGGCUAGCUUCUUCAAGUCAGUUGUGCCGUCCUUGGUCGAGGAAAUUCCCAUUUUGAGUCAGAUCAAGCGAGACCCAUAUAUCUUCAUUGCGCAUUGCUAUGUUCCGGUCCUUAGUACAACGGUUCCUCACCUGAAAAAAAGGUUGAAAGUAUUCGAUUGGAAAGAUAUUCGAUGUGAUAAGACAGGGUAUUACAUCAUUUUCGAGAAUUCCAGGCGAGGCGAAGAAGAAACAGAACGUUGCUACAAGAUGUGCCACAUGAAACCGUUGUUUACCUACAUCAUGAAUAUGGAGAGUCAACCUUAUGGAAACCCAGGCUAUGAGCGCAGCCCCAGUCCACAACGAUUGCAGGCGGAGCAGCGAGAACGAGCCAGGUUGGACAGAAUCAAGAGAGAGGCUGAACUGGACAUCGAGGAAGAGAAAAACCAAAGAGCAAACGAUUUGGAUCCCUGCAAGGAAGUGGUAGCCAUCAUAAUUCGGGACCUGAAAGACAAAUUGCUCGAAGACGUGAAAUCUCGGAUUGCUGCACCAACUUUAAGACAACUGGGUAUUCGUGAUCCGGCAGGGGCAAAGAGACCUCUGUUUCAGAUUGGCAUAAAUAGCCCAGCUGGGACACCAGGUUCACGUUCGGACCUGUCCACAGCCCGCCACCCUUUCGGUCCCUCAAAUCUGAGUAUCCUUGCGCUUCCACGUAUAAGGAAAGCUCACCGCCUCAACCACACAGACGCUGCUUUCUUGGACGAGAGGCGUAAACAACCUUUGCGGAGGAAAGAGGUUCGACCUCUGUAUCACCGUCUACAACAAUUACACCACGUGGAUGAUUCAGAUGACGAGCAGAGGACGCCUUUCACAAGGGACACCGAUGAUCCGGACAGUCGUGCCCCAAGCCGGUUGAGCUCAGAGUGUUCGGAUUCAGAGGAUGUUGAUGAAUCUGCUCCGGAGGCCUAUGGUGCAUCUGCCGAGCAAAAAUUCGGCAAUGACGAACAUCUGUACAGUUCACCUCGAAAAGAAAAUGUCGAUAUCUUGGUUGAAUCGGUCACUGAUGCCUCGCACGAUGCUUCGUACCCUGAACAGCACAAACUCUUUCCGGCAUCUCGCAAGCGAAAAAGAGAAAACGACAAGGUCAUCGCGCGAAAGAGAAAGAAAGAAGAUGAUGACCUCUUUGAAGUCGAUCAAGCCGCAGUCCUGAAAGAAGUGUCAAAGACUGAAAUAGGAUGGAAGGUUUCCAAUGACGAGCCCCGCCCAACGGUCGAGGAUGACGAAGCUAUUGUGCUAGAUCUCGAUGGGUGGCAGAGUCUGAUCAAGGAUGGGGAGGACUUGCGUUUCCUCCGUGAUGUGCUGGAAGGACUACCAGUAUCAAACGUUGGAAGUCUCACUGCUUGGGCAUGGAGACAAAAAGAAAUCAAAGCCCUGAAUCGCCCUGGAGAAGUAGGACCUGUGCGCGAAGCGACCAGUAUCCUUGGCUACUAUGUCUCAAACAUCACGGGAGCUGCAAGAACCGAGGGGAGGAAGAGGAUUCUGGAGUCGGAAAAGUCCAAAUAUUUACCGCACCGCAUCAAGGUCCAACGGGCCCGCGAAGAGCGAGAGGCAAAAGCGAAAAAUGACCCUCACAGUGUUGCUGUCGAAGCCGCGAGAAUUGCCGCAGCCAAGACGAUGUCUAAAUCCACAUCCAGAUCAACAAGAGUCAAUAAUCGCCGACUCAUCGCAGAUAUCAACGCACAAAAACAAGCCCUCCCAACUCAAAGCGGUGACGGUGAUGUUCUUCGUUUUAAUCAGCUGAAAAAGCGAAAGAAACCUGUUCGUUUCGCUCGAUCUGCAAUCCAUAAUUGGGGACUUUAUGCAGAAGAGAACAUUUCGGCUAAUGAUAUGAUCAUCGAGUACGUGGGUGAGAAGGUCCGCCAACAAGUUGCUGACAUGAGAGAGAGACGAUAUUUGAAGAGUGGCAUCGGCAGCAGUUAUUUAUUCCGUAUCGACGAGAACACAGUCAUCGACGCGACAAAACGAGGAGGCAUUGCGAGAUUUAUCAACCACAGCUGUACACCCAAUUGUACUGCGAAGAUCAUCAAAGUGGAUGGAAGUAAAAGGAUUGUCAUAUAUGCCCUGAGGGACAUUGAAAGAGAUGAAGAGCUUACAUAUGACUACAAGUUUGAAAGGGAGUGGGACAGCGAUGACAGGAUCCCUUGUCUUUGCGGUUCCAGUGGUUGCAAAGGUUUUCUCAACUAA